GGUGCAGAGAGGGUUCGUCGGCGGAAACGGCUUCUUGGGAAAGCGCUUUUGCAAGCGCGGCCGCGAAACGCCGAAAAAUCGUACGAAUCGGCCAAUCCGUAAUAUUCGAGCUGCGUAAAAUGAGUCGCGUCUCGUGCGAAUCUCGCUACUGCUUUCCGGAUUUCAAUUGAUUUUUGGAUUUCACCGUGCCGCGACGUCCUCAUAUUGGGGUAUACAAUCUUCUAUUGCUUUAAUUUAGGGUUUGAAAGGGAACGAGAAUUUUGAAAUCUGUUGUUCACCACACUAACCAUGAUGGCAUCAGCUAAUGGGUUAGCCACUGCUCAUACUAAGGAGCCAUUAUUCUCUUUUGGAGUUAUUGCCGAUGUCCAGUAUGCCGAUAUUCCUGAUGGCCACUCGUUUCUAGGUGUCCCCAGAUUCUACCGCCACAGCAUUCUGGUUCUUCAAAGGGCAGUCAAUCAAUGGAAUGAUCACAAGAAGCUCAAAUUCUCAAUAAACUUUGGGGACAUUGUUGACGGGUUCUGCCCCAAAGAUAAGUCGCUGGCGUCAGUACAGAAAGUUCUUCAUGAAUUCGAGAAAUUCAAUGGUCCCAUCUAUCACAUGAUCGGGAACCAUUGCCUUUACAACCUUCCUCGCAGCAAACUAAUCUCACUAUUCAAGAUGCCCUCUUCUGAUGGCCAUGCAUAUUAUGACUUCUCGCCGACUCCUGAAUAUAGGAUCAUCGUUCUUGAUGCCUAUGACUUUAGUGCCCUCGGUUGGCCGCAGGAUCACCCAAUUGCAUCAGCAGCAAUGAAGUUCUUGCAGGAAAAGAAUCCGAAUGCUGAUAAGAAUAGUCCGAAUGGUUUGGUUGGCGUUGCGAGAAGAUAUCUAAUGUUCAAUGGAGCAAUCGGUAAAGAACAACUGGAUUGGCUUGAAAGCAUCCUUCAAGAAAGUGAGAAGAGUAAACAAAAUGUAAUCAUAUGUUGCCACCUCCCUUUAAACCCCGAAGCGGCAGCCCCUGAGGCUCUUUUGUGGAACUAUGAAGAGGUCAUGGCGGUGGUUCACCGGCACAACUGCGUAAAGGUCUGCUUUGCCGGGCACGACCAUAAAGGCGGGUAUGCAAUCGAUUCCCGUGGCGUUCAUCAUCGUGUUCUUGAGGCUGCUUUGGAGUGCCCUCCAGGCUCAAAUGCGUUUGGCCACGUAGACGUCUAUCAUGACCGUCUAUCACUCAUUGGGUCGGAUAGAAUGGCCAGUACCGAGAUGAUUUUCAAUUCUUAAGCGAGUAAACAUUUUUCGCUCUCAUCAUUUGCUUUGAUUAGCAAUUUGUAGAGAAAUUCUUUUCAUGGAACGCUACUAUAGAUAUGAAGCUUUUCACCGUGGUAGAGAGAGGAUCUACUAUGAGAAAGAAUUCCAUAUUUGUAUUAUCUUUUAGAUGGAGUGCAAUGUAAAUGAAGCUAUAAAUAAAUUUAAAUAAAUUUCUUGUAA